CUACUACCGGUGCUGAAACUGUUGAACGCAUCCUUGCUCAACGUCGACAGUGGAAAACAGCUUUAGUUACGGUAUCAGAGUCCCACGUGUUGUUGACUUUCGCUCGCAUUCAUGGCGAAGAGACGUGCGGAGGACACUCUGCUACACGGCUCUCCCUCCAAAAGAUGUCACCGCUCUCUCAGCAGUGUUGGCCUGCCGCUGGAAAGCAUGGCUCCCACCGGGUGUGUGAGCCCGCCGUCCCUCCUGGCUCUAAUGGGCUGCAGAAAGAGGCCGCACCACCCUGAAGACCCACAGAAACAAGAAGACGCACCCCUUUAUCGCGAGCCCGCAAACUGCGACACAAGAAAGCAUGGAGCUAAUAUUUUGCCCCAACAGACUUCUGGAGGUUUCCAGGGCCCUCGCCGCUCCAGCACUCUCACGAGCUCGAAGAAACGACCUCGAGACAACUGCGCGAGUUUAGAGACGGCCAUUCCUAAAGAGAAUGAUAAAGCUGGUGAGGACAACAACACUGAAGACUGCACAUACAACUCCUUCCAGUACUGGAAGUUGCCCUUACCGGAACUUAACCUUUCACUGCUCAAAGAUGAGAACCAUUCCCAACGUAAAGAGGAGCCAAAAGUCAAGGACUCUGCUUCCGAUGCCAUGGAAACCUGAAGAUGACAGGUGCAAAUCAGUCUGCUCUACUCUGUCCUUACACAAGCAGUCAAACGUGAUGAAGAAAAUUUGAUGCUUUUCUGCUGACAGAGACAUUAAAAGCACAUUAAGGUUGCUUGAAAUGAGAAGAGAUGCAACGACCUGAUUUCGCAAACUGCCACAGUCAGUGAUGUAGGCUCUAAGUAAACCUUGUGCAGGUCUGAGAUCUUCGAGAGAUUUCGCUGAAGCCACACUGAGAUCUGCACUGCAGCAUACUGUUCUUACAGUGGUGACCAAAACUGUGGUGACAUUUUAGAAAAACCUCAGGUCUGGUGUAUAAUUGUGACUUUUUUCUUUUGUGCUAAAUCUCUCCUGCAAACCUAGUAUUUUAUUAAUAUAUAACGUUAAUAGAAUUAGUUAUAAAAAGCUGGGUCUGUACAUUUCAGAUCAUAAUCACUGUAUUGGCUGAUGUUUUUUUGUGUAACUGGUUCUGAAAUUGUUGUUUCUAGAUUUCAUAACUAUAAGUGUUGGAUACAUUGGAUAAAACCCUAUUAAAGACUUCAAUGU